UUCUCCGUUUGCUGCUGGAGAGCCGUUUUCCGGCACCAGCGGGCAGCAGUGUCUUGUCAGCCAGUAAAACUAGCAGAAGCCAAGCUGCAGGACUGGGCUGCGCAGGAGCUCUGCGGCCAGCAGCUCCAAGCCGGGGGAGCGUUCUCGCGUUUCUUUAACACUUCUUUCUCUUAUUAAAUGCCCCUCUCCCCUUGGCUGCCACAACUUGGAAGAGCAGAGAGAGUGAUUCGAUUAAUUGACGCAGAGGUUUCAUGGCCCUUAAAGAAGUUCUGAGUAAGUCUGCAUUCAAUGGCAUCCACGAAGACAGGGCUAGCCUAGCUUCUGGCCCUGCUUCAGACAGGCAGAGCUCUCUGACAGCCAAGCUGAAGCUGCAGGUGCUGUGGAAGUGAUGGCACUGUCCAAGUCCUGGAUCAAGGUAGCGUGGCUCGGUAAGCAGGUCUGAUUGCCCCUGUGGCUCAGAGGUCCUAAAUUGUAGCCACCAUGAUGGAUGAUGACACUGAGUUGAGGACUGAUGGAAACUCUCUCUUAAAGGCUGUCUGGUUAGGGAGACUCCGGCUGACCAGGCUCCUCUUGGAAGGGGGGGCUUAUAUCAAUGAGAGCAAUGACAAAGGUGAAACAGCUCUCAUGGUGGCAUGCAUUACCAAACAUGUGGACCAGCAAAGCAUUAGCAAGUCUAAGAUGGUGAAGUAUCUGUUGGACAAUAGGGCAGACCCCAAUAUCCAGGAUAAGUCUGGCAAGACUGCACUCAUCCAUGCUUGCAUCAGAAGAGCUGGGGUAGAAGUUGUGUCCUUACUGCUUGAGAAUGGAGCAGACCCCAGUCUUGAGGAUCGCACUGGGGCUUCAGCUCUGGUUUAUGCAAUAAAUGCAGAUGACAAGGAUGCAUUGAAGCAUCUCCUUGAUGCCUGCAAGGCCAAAGGUAAGGAAGUGAUUAUUAUAACAACAGACAAAUCAUCUUCAGGCACAAAAACCACCAAGCAGUAUCUCAAUGUCCCUCCAUCACCCAAAGUGGAAGAUAGACAGUCACCACCACUGUGUGCAUCUCCUUCUGACAUUGACCUGAAGGCUCCGAGUCUGGGUUCUCCACCCAGUGAGAAGGAUGAUGAUUUCUUCAUCCUCCAAUCAGGACACCAAAGUGGCUGUAGUACUUCUAAGGCCCUUAAUGAGCCUGGAUCACCCACUAGAAAAGUGUCUAGCCUUAAAAGAGCCCGUUUGCCCCAACUGAAGAGGCUCCAGUCUGAACCCUGGGGCUUGAUUGCUCCCUCUGUGCUGGCAGCCUCCACACGCCAGGAGGAAACCCACAGCACAAGCACAGACAAUGAGGUCAUCAGGAGCAUCAAUGACAUCUCUUUCCCUAAGAGGGGUCCCCUCUCCAGAGCCAAUAGCAUUGACAGUAAAGACUCCACACUCUUCCCUACCGUCCAGGAACAAGUUCUGAAGGUUCCAGCUUCAGCACCAGCUACCUGGAAAGCAGCUUAUGAGAAAGGUCAGAACCCCCACCCACGCCUGACCAGGAGAGGAACACUUCCUGUUGACCAGGAAAAGGCUGGGAUGUGUCCACCAGGACCAUCAGCUCUGAAAGACCCAACAUCUCUCAAGUUGUUGGAAAAUGAUCUCUAUGACCUAGAUGUACAGCCAGGGGCUGACCCACUGAACUCUAUAUCCCUUGAGUCUGGCAAAGGACCUUUAGAUAGAAAGAAGCUCAACAGCUCUCACUUGUCCCUUUUCCAUGGCUCUCGGGAGUGCCUGGAUGCUGUACCCAGCACAUCUCCCAGUUCAGUGCGUCGUAGGCCCCCUCAUCUUCUAGAAAGAAGAGGUUCAGGAACUCUCUUACUAGACCGCAUUGCUCACACGAGGCCUGGCUUUCUUCCCCCUUUAAAUGUGAAUUCAAACCCACCUAUCCCAGAUAUCAGAGCCAGUAGCAAAUCAACUGCCCCACUUGCUGGUGGCUUAAAAUCUAUGGUUCCCAUUGCUCCAAAUUCACCAAAGAGAGUUGACUUGAGAAGUAAAAAGAAACUUCUUCGAAGGCACUCUAUGCAGAUUGAACAGAUGAAGCAGCUGUCUGACUUUGAAGAAAUCAUGACCUAGAACCCCUUAGAAACAGUUUCUCCACUCCUAAUCUAUAGAAUAAGGAAGAAACCAAAUCUAGAACAACAUAGUCACACAACCCCUCUUCAUCCCAAUCAUGGUGUGUGGUAACCUCAGAAAACACGAUGAUAGGCAUAGCUUCACUUCCGAGGCAAACCCAGGGGUUAUUUCAGAGUGCCGUUUCUGAGAUAACCCCUGGGUGUUGCUGCUGCUGCUCCCGUUGCUGUUUCACACACCAAAAAGAGCUCAGGAUAAUUGGAUUGUGGAGAUGAAGGUACAGGAAGAAAAAAAAGUCUCCAAAGGAAACACACCUUUGCAGUUGGGAAAUAGCUACACAAGUGUAAUGUUUGGUAUUUUCUGCCAGGAAAGCAGUGAACAUGAAUUUAAAACACGAGCUUGUAUUCAGAGUAUAUCAUUUGUAGUCUAUAAAGUGCCUGAAAAGAAAACAAAGCUUUCAUAUUUUUCUGGAAUGUGGAAAAGCUCAAAAACACCCCCUAACUACUGCAGGUGAGUGCCUGAGUUCUACAUGGUGAAGGAAAAGCAGUGUUCUCUCAGGCAAGAGGUUUUGACUCGUGAGUCUCAUCUCUUGCUGCACUGUGACCAUUGUUAAAAAUUAAAGGGGGCACUGAGAUUCCCUAUUAAUUUUUUUGUUCACAUGCUAAUCUGGAUGUGCUGUAAAUCCCAAAUACCAUAACUACACGGGUCUGCACUGACGCGCUACAGUAAGUAGUCAUUCAGAGACAAGCUUUCCUCUAGAAACGAAACCAGAGACACCACACAGGCUCCAUGUUGAAAUAGUGUGGAGCACCUCCUUUAAAAAAACCUAUAAUUAACUAAGUUGGACUCAAAGGUGAUGUAAUUGACCCAGCAGACCUUUACAAAUGCCUCCUGAUUAUCUUUAAGACAGUUGGGGAGAUUUGUGGAGAGCAUAAUGAUAAAUGACCAUAGGAUAUGUACAGAUUAAAUAGCACAGUGGGUGGCCUUCCAUCUGGAAGCAGCAGGAACCAUUUCAUUUUUUAAAGCCUGAACAUCUAAUGGGGUGAAAACCAUCAUUUCCUCUUCAAUGAUCUGAGUAAUUUGAGGGCAAUCUGGCUUCUUCUUUAUCUGCAUUAUCUAGGUGAUGGAGGAUUUAUAUAAAUCACUUCUACAAUUGUUCCAAGAUAUGAGAAAACCCACGGGGAAGAGGUGUAGCAAAUUUGGCAUAAGGUAGCUACAUUGUAAGUGAGGAGAUAGAGCCCUCAUUUUCCCCCAUUUAUUUGUCCUCUUAUGUAGGUUGAGGUGCAUUUGCUCGGUAGUUAAGAAAUGCAGGUGUCCCCAUGGAUGGCAUCAUGAAGAGGAGCAAUCAAGGCUCCAGGUAUGACAGAUUAGGGUUUUCAAGAGUCUGAUUUUAGGAGAGAAGUGAUGCUAGUUUGAGUCUCCCUUUCAUCAACUGUGCAAUGGUAUUCACAAUGUCUAUAAAGCUGUGCUAAGGAUGAAGUCAUACAGCAGACAGAAGCAUCAGAUUUUGUGUGGAGUGUGGGUACUGGUCAUUAGUUGACAGGUAGCUAAAGCUACUCUUAGGUUUUUUUGAGAUCCUGGAAGCCUCAAAAAUACCAGGCAGUAAGUGAUGCCCUAUACAAAACAGAGUCAAGUCUAGUUAAAAGAUUCAAGUGUCUCUAUGAGACCCUUAGUGAUUCUAUAAAUAUCAACUCCUAAAAACUCAUUUGUCACAUAAAACAAUUGCCAUGAAAGCUCUAUAUCUUACACCAUUUCUGUAAGAUCAUAUGAUAGAAAUUUAUUUACAUUUCUAUUCCAAAACAGUUGUCAGUAAUAUUUAUAAACAAAACAAAAUGCUUAUUUUUUUAAAUGAUUCCUUCAAGGCAAGAGCUUACUGGACCUCAGCACUUUUCACACUUGGGGCUGGUAACUGUUAUGGGGGCUAUUUCCUGGGCAUUGUGGAGUGAACAGAAACAUCUGUGGCACUACUCAGUAGAUGACACUGCAGAAGAAGAUUUCCUAGGCCUUUAGCUAAGAUUUGGAAGCCUAAAUUACCCUAAGUAGUAAUUGUGGUACAUUCAUAAUAGCUAGCUUAGGUGAAAUACCAAAUGAUAAAUUGCUCAUUCAGAGUAGUCAGACCAUUGCACAAAAAUGUAAGAUCAGAUAUUUUCAUGCUGGUGUCAGCCAUUGUGACCUUUCCAUCAGCCUUUCUCUAGGUAGCCAUUAGGACAGCAUCUUAUCUCAUCCUUUCCUGGCGAUGUAUUCGUCAAGUUAGAGUGUCCUAAGCUAGUGUAAUGACCAAAUUACUGCACCACUGGCCAUGCCUAAAUAAGCAUUGUUGUCCAUGUUAAUGAACUUCACAGAAAUGCUUUUCAAAAGACAUUUUAGAUUGAUACAUGCUUUCUAGUCAGGGGUUAUUAUUUCCCUUUGGAAAUCUAGUCACUCUACAAGUUAGCUUCAAACUAUGUUUUUAAUGAUUUAGCCACUAAAUGUCUAGAUUGUUUCUAAAUGUAAUUCAGAAAGUGAGCCUAAAGUUUAAAGUCUAGAACUUUGGAUUAAUUUCUGGACUUUCCAAAGCCUUUGUUUUUGUUUUUUAAAACUGUCAGUUCUCUUAGAAUUUUGUCCGCAAAUGGUACUGUGUACAUGAUUUGUGUGUGUUGGUGCUUCAGGUGUAGCCCCUGCCGCCUAACCUGGUUCUCUGCAGUGCUCUGUCUUAGUCUCAAGCAGAGGAUGUGUGCAAACAUGUACCCACGUCCAUGCGAGGUAACUAUUUAGCUGUUUCUAAGAUGUCAAUAAAAGAUGUACUACACUCCUUCCAUA